CCCUCGCAGCCUGAUUGUGCAUCACAUGAGAAGAGCAGAGGCGCGGUUAACUGGACAGUCUGAAGAUGGCGUGUAGCGGGGCUUGUCGGUGUUGUUGUUGCUGUUGUUGCAGAGAAGGAGAUACCCGGACGCCUGAGGAACUGACUAUUUUGGGGGAUUCAAAUGAAGAAAAUGAAAUUCUUCCAAGGAAAGAUUAUGAGAGUCUAGAUUAUGACAGGUGCAUCAAUGAUCCUUUAAUGGAAGUCCUGGAAUCUAUGGACAAUAAGAAAGCAAGAAAAUAUGAAUUUGUGAAGUGGAUUGUAGUAUUUGGCAUUGGUGUUUGCACUGGUUUGGUGGGGUUGUUUGUUGAUUUUUUUGUGCGACUCUUCACACAUCUCAAGUUCAGCAUUGUAGAAAAAUCUGUGGAGGAGUGUAGUGUGAAGGGCUGUUUGGCUCUCUCUCUUUUGGAGCUCCUUGCAUUCAAUAUGACUUUUACCUUUUUUGCUAGUGUUCUUGUGCUGAUUGAGCCAGUGGCCUGUGGAUCAGGAAUUCCAGAGAUUAAGUGUUACCUGAAUGGUGUGAAAAUACCCGGCAUCGUCAGGUUGAGGACUUUUUUGUGCAAAGCAAUUGGUGUUCUGUUUGCUGUGGCUGGAGGACUGUUUGUUGGGAAAGAAGGACCAAUGAUACACAGCGGCGCAAUUGUUGGAGCUGGUUUACCUCAGUUUCAAAGCAUAACUUUUAAGAAGAUCCAUUUUAACUUUCCUUAUUUCCGUAGUGAUAGAGACAAGAGAGAUUUUGUGUCAGCAGGAGCUGCUGCUGGUGUGGCAGCUGCCUUUGGAGCACCUAUAGGUGGGACAUUAUUUAGCCUGGAGGAGGGAUCAUCAUUCUGGAAUCAAGCUCUUACCUGGAAAGUGCUCUUCUGCUCCAUGUCAGCUACCUUUACUCUUAAUUUUUUCCGCUCAGGGAUUCAAUUCAGUAGCUGGGGCUCUUUCCAGCUUCCAGGUUUACUGAACUUUGGUGAAUUCAAGUGUUCAGAUGCUGAUAAGCAGUGUCAUCUGUGGACAGCUGUUGAUUUGGCUUUUUUUGUUGUAAUGGGUGUAUGUGGAGGCCUGCUGGGAGCCACCUUCAAUUGUUUGAACAAAAGGCUUGCCAAAUACCGCAUGAAAAAUGUCUACCCAAAGGCAAAGUUUGUCAGAAUUUUAGAGGGUCUCCUAGUGGCCAUGAUUACCACAAUAGUCAUCUUUGUGUCCUCUAUGACUUUGGGUGAGUGCCGUGAUCUGUCAAUUCCCACCAGCCAUGAGGGAAACACGUCACUACAUCAGGUUUCUGUUGAUGUGAAUUCCAGCAUCAAAACAUUUUUCUGCCCAAACAAAACCUAUAAUGAUAUGGCUACACUUUUUUUCAACCCUCAAGAAGUGGCUAUCCUUCAGCUGUUUCAUCAAGAUGGUACAUUCAGCCCAAUUUCUCUGACAAUAUUCUUUUUGCUGUAUUUCUUCUUGGCUUGCUGGACGUACGGUAUUUCUGUGCCAAGUGGUCUGUUUGUGCCUUCUUUGCUGUGUGGGGCAGCCUAUGGCCGGCUUGUAGCUAACAUCUUGAAAACUUAUAUUGGAAUGGAUCAUGUUUACUCUGGGACCUUUGCACUUGUUGGUGCAGCCUCCUUUCUGGGUGGUGUAGUGAGAAUGACCAUUAGCCUGACUGUUAUCCUGAUUGAGUCAACCAAUGAAAUAACAUAUGGACUUCCUAUAAUGAUUACUCUUAUGGUAGCAAAAUGGACUGGGGAUUUCUUUAACAGAGGAAUCUAUGAUAUCCACAUAAAACUGAGGGGUGUUCCUAUUCUUGAAUGGGAGACUGAGGUGGAAAUGGAUAAACUAACUGCUAGUGAUAUCAUGGAGCCAAAUCUCACGUAUGUGUAUCCUCACACACGUAUCCAAUCACUAGUCAGUAUUCUCCGGACAACUGUAUAUCACGCCUUCCCUGUUGUGACUGAAAACCGAGGCAAUGAGCGUGAGUUUAUGAAAGGAAAUGCCCUCAUCAGCAACAACAUUAAAUUUAAGAAAGCUAGUAUUCUGACACGGGCUGGUGAGCAAAGACGAAGAUGUCAGUCGAUGAAGUCUUAUCCAUCAAGUGAACUACGAAAUGUAUGUGAUGAACAUGUGAAUCCAGAUCAGGCAGAAGAGGCUGAAAACAUAGUUCAGCAAAUGCUGGAGAGACGUUAUACUCCCUAUCCAAAUCUGUAUCCAGACCAAUCCCCUAGUGAAGAGUGGACAAUGGAGGAACGUUUCCGACCCUUGACAUUCCAUGGACUUAUCCUCCGUUCGCAGUUGGUCUCUCUUUUGAUCAGAGGAGUUUGCUAUGCAGAAAACCAAUCUAGUGCCACACAGCCACGCCUGUCUUAUGCUGAGAUGACAGAGGAUUACCCACGUUUCCCAGACAUUCAUGAUUUGGAUCUGACAUUGCUGAACCCAAGAAUGAUAGUGGAUGUCACGCCUUACAUGAACCCUAGCCCUUAUACAGUUUCACCAAACACUCGCGUUUCGCAGGUGUUCAAUCUAUUCCGGACCAUGGGGCUGCGACAUUUGCCUGUUGUGAAUGCUGUGGGAGAAAUUGUUGGAAUUAUUACAAGGCACAACUUGACACAUGAAUUCCUGCUUGCAAAACUGAGGCAGCACUAUAUUACCUCAUGAAGCAUAUUAAGUUUGUUUGAAUUGGCUUUCCUUAUUCUCUGUGAAACUUUGGAUAAUGGAGAUGAUGAGACAUAAAAUCCCAAAAAGCCCUCUUUUGCAGACAACUUCAGCAGUUGCUUACUGUAAGGUAUGCUCCUUGUAAUAGGCUAUCUAGACAGCUGAUGUCUUUAUUAUGAUCAUUUGCUUAAGUACUUUUAGAUUUAGAAAUGAUUAAGCUGUUUCCAAAUUUUCACCUGACCUCUGUUACCCAUCCUGACUUAUUUUUUAAUUAUACAUACAUUCAAGCCUACAUAUAGUUGGGAAUUCUGUCUCAUUGACAGUGAUGUGCUGUUUCACUUAUUUUAUGUAUUGACUAAGUGAUAUGCACUAGAUAAUUCUGGAAAUUCUAACACCUAGAAACUCUGCUUUCCUAGUCCACUAUCCAUUUUGUUUCCGUUUGGUUUGCUAUGAAAUUAGCAAUGUAGACCUUUUAGUGUUACUUACUCAGUUAUCUUACAUUCGAUACCAGGAAAUGAGAAUGUUAAGGCAAAGGUUAAAGUUCUUCAAAGUUAAGAUAUUUUUUAUGGAUAUGAUUUUUUUCAUUGUUGAUUAUGCAAAUUGAUUUAAUUCACCCUGAUUAUGAUACUUAUUUUCCUUAUGCACUUUUUGAACUAAAUUCUGUUAUUGUGGUAUUUGCACAAAUCAUUGUGUUUUACUUUUAAAAAUAGCAUCUUACUCUAUGAUUCAAGUACUUGUAUCAACUAAUCCUCAAAAGUUUUUGUCUGAAGCACUUCAUAUUCAAAUGCCUUUAUUCUAUUUUUUAUGUUGUUGUGUUUUUAUUUACUGCUGCAGUUUCUCAGUCAGUUGUUCUGACUGCCAGUAUUAUGCUCAUUUCUUUGUAUUACAUAUAAAAAGUAUGAAAACAGAUUUGAUCUGAAAACAUUUUUUCAAGUAUACACAUUUAGGUUUCUUUUGUCACUGUUUUCAUUUUUUUUGAUUGUUUAGUUCAUUUAGAGGUCCAACCUUUUAGUAGUAUAUUAUGUCAGACUGUGUUUAUCUUAAUUUAAAACAAUGUAAAUAUUAUUUGUGAGAGAAAGCACUUAUUUGUUAUUUGCAUGAUUAUUCUUGUUGGUCUUGUGAUUUUUUUUUUUUUAAAUAACCGUCCAUUAACAAACUAUUAAAAUGUAACAUUACAUAAUAUGCACAAAAAUAUGUAUUAACGUCUGAAAAAUUACCCAUUUUGUACUAGAAUGAUUUUGUCUAUUUUCUUGUGGUUUUACAUUUUUAGUGCAGGUCCAUUUAUUUCUGUAGUCACCAUUGUUUGGCUUAUUUCUUUCACACUGGCUAUAAAGUGGGUUAAUCAGUGUGUGAAGAUUUACAAAUGUACAUGUAGUGCCAUAUGUAUAGUUAAGUAGUAAUGUAUAAUGUGUUUGUUUAUUUAUUUUUUAAAGUCUGUCCCUUUUGGAUUUAGUAUCCUUCACUGUAUUUUGUAUUUUGUGAGAUUCUCCAACCCCUGUUGUCUGGCUAGCAUGCCAAGUGAGUUUUGGUGGAUGAUGCAUUUUAGUCAUACUACACAAAAAUCUCCUUAUGAUGGAAAUAUUUCUUGCCUUAAUUACUCCACAGAGAACUUUAAAUUUCUAAUUAUGUAUGUUUCUGAUUGAUGUAAAUUUUUCAAAAUAUGUACUUAAUUUUUAAUUUUGUGAUCUUCUUUAUUUUAAAUUGUAUGCAUGCUAAAUUACAAUUGCAAGAAUACUGAUUUUAUGUGAUAUUUUAUUUGCCAAAUGACACUGUGAACAUUGUACAGCACAGAAACUGCAGGUGUCAGUAAUUAUUAAAGUGAUAUUUUUGCACUAAUAAGAAAAUAGGUUAAUCUUUUUUUUUGUUUUAGUAUUCAAA